AUGACUGAUUGUCACGUAUGCCUUUCGAUGAGAACCCGAAAACCAAGUCAUGUGCAGGAAGGACUUUCCAAAACCUGCAUACUCUGCUGCCGCCUAUAUUGUCCAAACCACGCCGCCACUAAUGGUCCUGCUAACGAUAAUAAUGUCUGCGAGAUCAAUCACCAAACCUAUUACAGGAAUCAUAGGCAACAAUCUAAAGCCGACAUUUUUCCAAGCCUUAGUGCUAGAGCAGAAUUUUACGGAACAGAACUCGACGUUGCAGGCGGUAGGGAAAAGGGGGCGGAGAAGUAUCGCGAAGCCACAAACAAAUAG